UAAACGCGUCUUACUCGAAUAUAAUACUAUUAUAACAAUUCUGCAUCGCGCAAAGGACCGACAGCUGUGAUAUCCAUAAUAUUCAGUUACGCACUGCAUCGUCGAGGUGUAUACGCAUUGCACUUGUCGCGGAAGAUUAACUUUUGAUAUUUCAACGCAGUUUUAUGGGUCGAGUAGGCACCCAUUUAAUAAUAUACAUAAACGAACAAGAGAUGUAUAAAAGUUUAUAUCGCGUCCGUUUUUUACUUGUCAUGAUUUUAAGUGAUACUACAGUUAUUAUAACCAAUCAUUUAUACGGUUUACAAAAAAAGUAUAUUUAUUGAAAAUAAUAAAAGGCCGAGUGGGAACUAUGAUGAAGAAGUCCAUGGUAAUUGAAGUUGUGAUUUCAAUAUUGAUGUGUUCAGUCAUUAAUAACGUUUCAGGCAUAUUUUUUGGUUCUAAUGAUCUAACUUAUUGGAGGUGCAAAUUCAAACAAACGUUUCAGUGUCCAGAUCCCGACGUGACGUUUUAUUUGUACUCAAGUAAUCUCAGAAGAAGAAUUAAAAUCGAUAUGAGAAACAAGUGGCCGUUGUACAAUAGUGGUUGGAACCCCAAGAAAAAGAACGUUAUCGUCAUACACGGAUUUAAUGGAUCGGAAAAUGAUAAGCUCAUGGUCAUACUAAGAAACGCCUACUUGAUGCGUGGAGACUUUAACGUGUUCAUGGUGGACUGGAGUCCGUUGACCAUCUACCCUUGUUACUUGUCGUCACUGAAAAACACGCGAUUAGUGAGUCAGUGCACCGCUCAACUGUACGCCCAUCUCACUUAUUCUGGCGCUUCCGUUUAUCACAUACAUUGCGUUGGUCACAGUCUUGGGGCUCAUAUAUGCGGCAUGAUUAGCAAUCACUUGACAGAGAGACAGCACAAGAUCAUCGGUUUAGAUCCAGCCAAACCUCUUGUAGAUUUGUUUACGAUGGACGAAUUUCGAUUGACGAAGGAUGAUGCUAAUUUCGUAGAGGUUAUACACACAAACUCUGGAGUUUACGGAGAAUAUCCUCAGAUAGGGCACGUCGAUUUUAGCGUCAACGGAGGUCGAAUGCAACCGGUUUGCUCUAGACAAUCAAAUAUCAUACGACAAUCGCGGUGCAGUCAUUUCAAGAGCGUAUGUUAUUUUGCGUUGUCACUUUCGAAAAGGCGUAACAUGUUUUUGGGCGUACAAUGCACAGAGACCUGCGACUCGGUGGUGCUCCCGACAUUUUCGAACAGAAUCGAUGUCAUACCUAUGGGCAUACAAACGCCAGAAUGGGUAAGAGGGACAUUUUACGUUGCAUACGAUGAUUCAGAUAAUUUUUGCCAAUUCGAUGGAUAGAACGAACUUAUUUGUAAACGAAAAAUUCAUAAGCAAAAAUUUACAAAAAAAAUUAUACAGAUAGA